AUGGGAGCGGGGGCCUCUACCAAGAGCAGACCAACCACUGGCGCCUCUUCCAAGGCGGCCUUCGGCGACGAUGAGACGGCGGUGCCCAACUAUCACAAAAGCCAGGCCCCACCACCGCCCGCCCCUCCAGCAUCAAGAAAAAAUGAAACCUUCAACGAGGAUGAGUACAAGUACGUGGAUGAUCAUGUGAUGAAAAUUCCAUCAGAUCUGAAUUAUGGAACCUUCAAAGACCUCGUGAAAUAUCUGACCUCUGACCCUGAAUGGAGCGACCUGGCCAGAGUGAGAUCUAUAUUCAGAUGGGUCACCUCAGUAGAUGUGUUCAGCCUUCAGGUAAGAAUGGAUACCCUUUGGCACGAUCCGCCUAAAAACUUUAAACUCACCCUUACCUCCAAUUCUUUCUGUUCCAGAAUGGCUGGAAUCCCGUGCGUGAUCCUGAGCGGCAUGAACAAAAGCGCCGCCUAUGAGAUUGGCAAGAAGGCAGACAGACAGGCCAUGGGGGCACAGUGGAAUGCUGUAUACGUACAGGACAACUGGAGGUUUAUCGAUGCUUUCUGGGCCUGUGCCUGCGUCGUGGGGAAAAAGAGCGGUGAGUGGACGCUGGUGGAUUCCGACGGAGACAUCAUGGAGGAAGAAGACGACGAGACUGAAGGGGAAACUCAGCACAGAAUCAACGAGUUUUACUUCAUGCCUGACCCUGACCAGUUUAUCUGGACACAUUUCCCUGACGAUACUAAAUGGCAGCUGCUCAAGACUCCAGUAACGAUUCAAAUGUUCCAAGAGCAUUUCUACAUCAGAGAACGCUUCCAUAUUUUAGGCAUGAGCGAAAUCCCCGCGACGAAAAUUCCGUGCGUGGCUGAGACAGUGAACGGCGAGGUCGAGUUCUCUUUCGGUCUCCCCCCUGCCCACAGCAGCACCUACCGAUACAAGUACAUGCUCUACAGGUCGCGAUCUGCCUCCGCCGAGAGCCGCGUGGACGUCUUUCUCGACAGGUUUGUCCUCUUCGAGCAACAAGAAGACACUCUGAGGUUUGCCCUUCGCUUUCCGGUCAAGGGGGAUUUUAAACUGGAUAUCUAUGGACUUGACAUUCAAGACGGUGACGUGUUCGACUUGUGCUGCACCUACAUCAUCAACUGUCCAAAGGCUAAACCUAAUUGUCUACCUUUGCCGGACUGCCCGCCGAUCGGCUGGGGUCCGGCGCCAGAGACGAAAGCUGCUGGGUUGAAGCCCAUUACACACAAGCAAGCUGAAGUCACUUCUAGAGAUGGGUUCGUCGAGAUCCGGUUAGCCAAAGAAAGGGCUCUCGCUUUCCAUCAACUGCUGAGACACUCUAUCAUUGACGAAGCCACGCUUAGUAAAUAUUCCGUCACGGAACUGGAUAAUAACGAGGCUAUUGUGUACCUGCGCUUGCCUCAGAAGGGUGAGUACGCCCUGAAACUGUUUGCUCAAGAUCUAGAAGAGGAAGGAGCUGCGCCCAACGUGCUGAACUACCUCAUCAACUGCAGUAACUCGGACACAGGCUCCAAACCAUUCCCAAACGUCACAAACGGCCUUCUGGGUAGAAACGAAAUGACGAGCAAAGUCUUCGGUGUCAAAGCGACGUCUCACCCUGACGGAAUGAUCGAAACUUCUGACGGAAAACUCACAGCGACGUUUGAAGCGAACCCCGACGUUGAGCUCGUCUGCGAAAUGCACACGAACGACGGCGUGGCGGCCAGAAAGAUGAAGAAAGUCGUCUCCAACGACGGAACCAAAUGGACCUUUGACCUUGACAUGCCAGUAAAGGGCGAGUACUCGCUCAAUGUGUUUGCGCGGAAGAAGGGCGACACUGGGCAGAUCAGUAGCGUCUACACCUACCUCAUCAAGUCCGCUGGGAGAGAGGAUGGCGCAGGUGACUCAGGAUCGACAGAUGGCGAGGAAGAAGUGGACACAUCAGUCCCGACCGAGACGGUGGAAACAAGUGACGGGGAGGUUCUCAUCCCAGUGCCACCAGGCUGUGAGAAAGCAGUGGCUGCCAUCCAUCGGAGGAACGGUAACGAUAUGCCAGACCCUAGCCAGAUCGAGUUCAUCUCCUCUGAGGGCAUGAAGUUCGCCAAAGUCCAGCUUAAGGAUUAUGGGGAGUACAUGCUCAACCUCUACAGUGUGGACGAGAAUGGAAAUGAGGUGAAGAACGUGGCCAAGUACCAGAUAAAUCGAAAGCGGCCGGGAGAACUGUACCAGGGCAACCUGCAGACGAUAAUGGAGGACAUGAAGCUGAGCAGACAGGCCACGAUGGCGGCGCCGGACUCUGCAGGCGGGAAAGCAGAUUCAGAAGGUGGGUUACUCAUGUUGUGCUUUGUACCCUUUCCCCGAAAAUACAAAGGCGCUUGGAGAAGCAAAAGUCUUUUUCUUGUUUGUUCUAUCGCCCAUUCUUUCUUUUAUUUCUCUACAGAGGAGAAACGCAAGAGGGCGAGACAGAACGUCCACAACGCCAUCGAGCUGAAGGAUGCACGCCAUCUCGAAGAUGCCAUCAAAAAGUUCCUGGACAGCGGAGCCGACGAGAACGACCCCCUGCUUGUCAAAGCCAGACAGCAGCUGGAGAUUCUCAAGGCUAAGGCAGCUCUUAUGGACGCCUCACAAAUCCGCACUAUCUCGGCCCUGGAGAAAGCUAUCGAGGCUGCCAAAGCUGUUAACACCAACCACGAGCUGGACCUACAGAUCGCCCUGGCUGCUCGUCUCAAAGAACAUUUGGCUAAGAUCGAGAAACUUCGCCACUCUGUGCUCAAUAUGGAGUCAAAGACUAUCUCUGAGAUCAAGUCGUAUUCCAAGCCUCCAGACGGCGUGCACCAGUGUAUGAUGGCCACUUUCUUGCUUCUGGGACACCAGCAUAAAGACGUCAAGGAAUGGCAGAAAGUUCAAAGUCUCUUGGGGAAAACGGGCAAAGAAUCUGUGAUGAGAAAAAUCUCCAACUUUGACGCUCAGACCGUGAUGCUAAAGCAAGCUCAGAUCGCGAAGAAAGUGCUACAACCUUACACAAGAGAACAGAUCAGGGAUGUCAGUGCUGGGGCAGCUACCUUUUAUAUUUGGGCUAUUGGAAUGAUUGAAGAGGUAGAGUCGUAUGGAGGAGCGGAGCGUUCGGACCAGAUGCGACUCAAGAAGUGA